AUGCUCAGAAACGUCACCAGGCGUACUAAUUUAAAAAGUCUAUAUCGGAACGUUGGCCAAGCGAGUCGUGUGGCCCCAUCGGUGACUUCGCAUUAUGUUUCGCCGUAUGUGCUGGCCCGCACGGGCCAUUACAAAGGCGUUCCACCCAUGUUAAAUGCUGCGGGCGCCAAGCGGUACAUAUCAAUGAAGGCCAACAACGUCGACAACGAGAACAAGCCUGCCCUGGAACAGUUUGGCACCAAUCUUACGAGUUUGGCCCGCGAGGGGAAGUUGGACCCGGUCAUUGGCCGUGAUGAGGAGAUCGCCAGGGCGGUGCAAAUCCUAUCCCGAAGAACAAAAAACAAUCCCGUUCUGAUCGGGCGCGCCGGUGUCGGUAAGACCGCCUUGAUCGAUGGCCUUGCUCAAAGAAUUGUUGGCGGGCAAGUACCAGAGUCGCUUAAGGACAAGGAGCUAGUUGCAUUGGAUUUGAGUGCUUUGGUGGCCGGUGCCAAAUUUCGGGGGGAAUUUGAAGAGCGUUUGAAGAAUGUGUUACAAGAAAUUGACAAAGCUGACGGGAAAGUUAUAGUGUUCAUCGAUGAAGUACACAUGCUUCUAGGUCUGGGAAAGACUGACGGAAGCAUGGACGCGUCCAACAUUCUGAAGCCUCGACUUGCGCGGGGGUUACGUUGCAUUUCCGCUACAACUUUAGACGAAUUCAAAAUCAUUGAAAAGGACCCAGCUUUGACCCGGAGAUUUCAACCCAUCAUGCUCAAUGAGCCCUCCGUAAGCGACUCUAUCUCGAUAUUGAGAGGCUUAAAAGAAAGAUACGAAGUUCAUCACGGUGUGAGAAUCACAGACGCGGCUUUGGUUUCUGCCGCCACGCUUUCUAAUCGAUACAUAUCAGACCGGUUUUUACCGGAUAAAGCCAUCGAUUUGGUGGACGAAGCGUGCGCCGUUUUGAGACUCCAACAUGAAUCUAAGCCCGAUGCUAUUCAGAGUUUGGAUCGCGCCAUUAUGAGAAUCCAAAUUGAACUAGAAUCUUUGAAAAAGGAGACCGAUCCAUUAUCUGUUGAGAGAAGAGAAGCGCUUGAGAACGACUUGAAAUUGAAAAAUGAGGAGCUCACCAGGUUGACUGCUGUGUGGGAUAAAGAAAGAGCAGAGAUUGACUCUAUCAAGAGCGCCAAAGCCGAUCUUGAACAGGCAAGAAUUGAUCUCGAGAUAUCUCAAAGAGAGGGCAACUACGGUAAAGCUUCUGAACUCCGUUAUGCGAAAAUUCCAGAGUUGGAAAAGAAGGUCGCUCACAAUGAGAAAAAAGAUACCGAGAAUAACCUGCUACAUGACUCUGUUACGUCCAGUGAUAUAUCCAAAGUCAUAUCCAAGAUGACCGGAAUCCCGAUCGAAACUCUUGUGAAGGGUGACAAAGAAAGGCUUUUAUACAUGGAAAAUUCCCUAAGAGAAAGAGUGGUGGGACAAGAUGAAGCCAUCGAUGCCAUUUCAGAUGCGGUAAGACUCCAAAGAGCUGGACUCACGAGCGAAAAGAGACCCAUUGCGAGCUUCAUGUUCUUGGGCCCAACUGGUACGGGUAAAACGGAAUUAACCAAAGCUUUAGCCCAAUUCUUGUUUGACAACGAAUCUAACGUCAUUCGCUUCGAUAUGUCCGAAUUUCAAGAAAAGCACACCGUGUCCAGGUUGAUCGGGGCUCCUCCAGGUUAUGUUUUAAGUGAAUCCGGUGGUCAAUUGACGGAGGCUGUGAGAAGGAAACCAUAUGCUGUUGUUUUGUUUGAUGAAUUUGAGAAAGCACACCCUGACGUUUGCAAGAUCCUUUUGCAAGUUUUGGAUGAGGGGAAACUCACAGACUCUCAAGGUCAUCAAGUUGAUUUUAGAAAUACAAUCAUUGUUAUGACUUCUAAUAUUGGGCAAGAUAUUUUGUUCGAAGACAAAGAAUCCAGGAGCGACGGUAAAGUUAGUGAGAAAACUAAGGGUAAGGUCAUCGAAGCUAUGAAACGCACGUAUCCACCUGAAUUUAUCAACCGUAUUGAUGAUGUGUUGGUAUUCAACAGACUUUCCAAGCAGGUCUUGAGGACCAUUGCAGACAUAAGACUAAGCGAGAUUCAAGACAGACUUGCUGAAAAGAGAAUGACUCUUUCCUUAUCAAGUGAUGCGAAGGAUUGGCUAACGGAAAAGGGAUACGAUCCACUUUACGGAGCCCGUCCGCUUAACAGGGUUAUUCAAAAGAAACUGCUUAACCCUAUUGCGCUUUACAUGCUAAAAGGCCAAUUAAGACCGGAAGAAACGAUUAAGAUUGAUGUCGAAAACGGUGAACUUGUUGUUAAGCCAAAUCAUGAAGAGAAUGAAGUGAUACCAAAUGAACCAGAAAUUUAA